AUGUCCUUGCAACGUUACAAACUCGUAUUUUUCGUCCCAAAAGACAGCACACAGCGCGUUCUGAACCACUUGUUCUCCAAAUACCCCCAAGAGCUCGGAAAGAUAGGGAACUACGACCAAGUCGCCUUCAUCUCGCGCGGAACCGGACAGUUCCGACCGCUCAGCGGCGCCAACCCUAAUCUUGGGAAGGUCGGAGAACUGGAGUUCGUGGAGGAAGAUCGGGUUGAACUGCUCGUGAAUGACAAGGGCCAGCGUGAGCAGGUCCGGGAUGCGGUGAAGGAGUUGAAGAACGUGCACCCGUAUGAAGAGGUCGGGUACGAUGUUUAUAAACUGGAAGAUUUCUGA